CGGUGGCUUGACUUUGCGACGACAUCAUCGGCUUCCAGACACUUGUCCAACAAUUCCGUCUCCGUCAGAAUUUCGAACUGAACCAACCCCGAGAGCGCCGCGAAACCCAAAGCGAAAGACAUAGUAGAAGGUACAAUGGCUCGACUGUCAUCGGCGUCACCGUUCACCGCUGGCGCAUCCCCCGAGAAGGGCGCGGCCGAGCUCAGCCAACUCCUGCGACGACUUGACCACGCGAUCCUCCAUGCCGACCAGGGCCGCGAGCGCCGUUUACGGGCCAGCGAAUUUGAGCGAGCGAGAUUAAACUCGGUAGGGGGUUCCUGAUGAAGGUCAAUAUAGCGCGUGCGUGUGCUCACCAGGAUUGCCCCAAUACAGAACCUCGAAUAUGCCCGAAGUCUUCUUACCAGAGUCGAGCAGGAGGCGCUGCACGUCAAGCUGCUCUCCCGGAGGCAGGAUAUGCAGGUCGACCUAAACCGUAAACGCGAACUUCUCGAAAGGCUGGUAGAUAGGAUGCAUGAUCUCGAACAGUUACACGAGGAUGAGGAUGACAACAGCUCAGAUGAAGAAGAUAUUCUAGCCGAUAUCAUACCGACACCGAGCGAAAGCAUGGACUCGCGAUCAACAGACAUACCCACAGACAACACCCCCGAAGACGACGACGACGACGACGAC